GAGUGCUGUCGCGCUCUUUAUACGUAAUCAUCACAAGAAACGUAUGCAGCGGAGGCGUGGUGGUCCAACAUGGGGAAGUUUGGAUUGCAGUUCAAAGCCACUUUGGAAAAUGUUACUAAUGUGAGGCCGGAGGGGGAUGAUUUUCGCUGGUAUUUGAAGAUGAAGUGUGGAAAUUGUGGUGAGGUUUCAGAUAAAUGGCAGUACAUCACCUUGCUGGACAGCAUGCCAUUAAAAGGAGGGCGAGGCAGUGCUAGCAUGGUGCAGAAGUGUAAACUGUGUUCUCGAGAAAACUCAAUAGAUAUCUUGAAGGACACAAUUACACCUUACAAUGCAGAAGACAGUGAAAGGUUUAAGACAAUGGUGCAGUUUGAGUGCCGAGGACUGGAACCAGUUGAUUUUCAACCACAGGCUGGUUUUGCUGCUGCAGGAGCAGAAACAACCACCCAGUUUCCUGAGAUCAACCUUCAAGAGAAAGACUGGACAGACUAUGAUGAGAAAGCCAAAGAGUCUGUGGGAAUCUACGAGGUCACACACCAAUUCGUCAAGUGCUGAACAAUGUCAUAAAAUGUGUGUGAAGGGGCCAUAUUGAAAACAAUGGAUAAUUUUGAACACUAUUUUCAGAUGGGCUUUUCCAUACUCAUUCUAGUGAAUAAUGAUUGGCUGUUGGUAGUUGGAAAAGAUAAAUGAGAUAAACAGUGCAUUGGUUAUACUGUCUUUGCAGCAAAAAUAAAGUGUGAAAUUAUUUAA